CAAAGAAACAUCUUGGACUCGUAUUUCGACGUCACGAGCACCACGGCGCCUUGAAACAUCGCAGUACACUCUGCAGGCACCAACGACAAGAGCCCCGUCCGACCGCCCCGCACUGUCGUGUAGCUUGCGGAAAUUUCUAGGAAGAAACGCAGUGCGAAACAACAGCACAACACGCAGAGAGGGUUCGAAAGGCGGAUUGUGUCCAUGGACGCGUCACGUGGGAGCUAACCCGACAGGUGCACCGCGGCUUCGGGACUGUUCGCCUCAACCAGUGAUCGGUGGUCGGUGGUCCUCGCCUACAGGGAAAGAUAGCCUCGCUUUUGCCCGCGGAGCUUCUACAACAAGCCGCCCGCUUGGCCCUUCAUCAAGCGCCGUCGCCAAUAUGGCAUCAGGCUCGUCGGACCAGUCCAACGUCCUACAAGAGGAGCUGACCUGCCCCGUGUGCUUGGACGUCUUCCACGACCCGCGCUUGCUUCCGUGCGGCCACAACUUUUGUAAGAUAUGCCUGGAUCGGCUGCGGCGGUUAACGGAUCAGAGCCGCUUCCAAUGCCCGGAGUGCCGCGACAGCCACCGCUGCAACAGGAGCUUUCAGAAGAACUUCAAGCUGGCCAACAUAGCUUUUGAUUUCCGCCGCCGCCGCAGAGCGGCCACUGCCGCAGCCAAUGCGUCAGCGCAGGCUUUUAAAGAUUGUGUCGCAGCCAUCCCCACUGGCCAGCGAGACUGCGUCCCGUGUGACUACUGCCCUCCUCCCGCCACAGAGUCGUCAGGCGCUGGCGCCUCUGCAGACACUGGCGGCUCGCAAGAAAAAGGAGACAUGCAGGCGGGUGCCACCGCCUCCAACAUGGCAGUCAAAAUGUGCCUCAAGUGUGAGGUGUCCAUGUGCCCGGAGCACGUGAAACCGCAUCUUGAGCUGCCGGCGUUUCGAGAGCAUCCGCUGACAGAACCCAUUAGGGACUUCUGGAAGAGAAAAUGCCCUGACCAUGAUGAGAUUUUCAAGUACUACUGCCUCCAUGAUGAAGUGUGCGUGUGCAACGCGUGCACCAUUGAAGGACGUCAUGCGGGACACACAAUCAAGACACUGAAGAACACCAUGGUAGACAUCAAGCAGGAGGUUUUACACAAGCAGCUAAACAAGACCCAGAAGAAGUACGCCAUUGCCAAGAGAACGUAUCACGAGCAGACCGAGAGGGAGAAACAGAACAAGAAAUUCAUGGAGGACUCCGAGGCCUGCUUGACCAGGCUACGUCAGGAUCUGGAGGAGAAAGUGUCGGCCUUUGUGAGCCGACUGAUGGAGUGCGUGCGCACAAACUGCGAAACCAAUGGGCCCACCAUCCAGAAGAACAUCACCCGCAUCUGCCAGGACCUGACGCGUCUCCACGAGGUGCGCUGCGGCAUCGAAGGCCUCAUGGAGGAAAGCGAUCCGUUCCGCUUCAUUGAGGCCUACAAGACCACAGGAAAACAAUGUCAUAAGUUGCUGAAGAAGAACACGUUCCACCCUGAAUACGUGGACAUAGAUCCAGCGCUUCUGGGCAUCAUGAUGGAGGAAGAAAUGCAAAAGUUCCUCAACCUGGAUCUUACCUUUUACAUCUUUGCUGCCAUCAACUUGAUAUGUCAACACAAUGAUAACGAGGAGGAGCACGGUGAAAAUGAGGACAUGGCCAGGCAGACGGACCAAGACGGCAAAGCUGAUGACAGCAACGACCUUGAUGACGGCAGCGAGGAAGAGAUGAGCGGGGAGGAGGAAGAGGAUGAGGAGGAGGAGGAUGAGGAAGAGGAAGGGCAGGAGAAUGAAGGUCAUGAACUGAGUGAUUCGGAUGAACUUUACAUUCCCGAAGAAGAGGAGGAGGAGGAAGAGUCAGAAGAGGGGGAAGAGGGGGGAGAGGAAGCUCAGGAAGAGGACUAUGAAGACAUUGAUGAUGGGGAAGAGCUAGAUUAGCCACACAACACACAUGCGUGGAUACGCACGCACACACAGCUGAAUGUAGAAUCCAAGGCUUGAACUCCACUCCAGUCUGUAAUUUUUCCUACAGUGUUGCUGAGUCUUUGCCUCAUUAAAAAAAAAAAAAAGCAGUUA